GCCAGUCUUCGGUUUCAGAGCUGAGACUGCGUGAGCAACUUCGAAUGAAAAUAUUCCUUUAAUAUCACUUCAACGAAGAAAUAACAUCAAGUACGUCAUUUUCAUCAAUCUAGCCGACGUGUGUGUGUGUGUGUGUGUGUGUGUGUGUGUGUGUGUGUGUGUGUGUGUGUGUGUGUGUGUGUGUGUGUGUGUGUGUGUGUGUGUGUGUGUGUGUGUGUGUGUGUGUGUGUGUGUGUGUGUGUGUGUGUGUGUGUGUGUGUGUGUGUGUGUGAGAGAGAGAGAGAAAGUAAGAGAGGGAGGGAUGGAGGGCAGUGGAGGGGGCUGAGGGUUGAGAGCACAGGUUGAUGAGUGAACUAGGGACUAAGACUAUAAAAGGCUGCGUCCACUGACCAAAGGAGAAGAAGAGGAAGCAACGUCCCCACUGCAACACAAAACAAACAGAAGCAUCUUUUUUCAACUUGAGCAGGCGUAACAGAAAUCUCCCAAGAAGAAAGAGGGGGAAAAAAAGCACAUCAAGGCAACCGGCAGGAUUUGAGACACAGAUCAGAUCCGUGGUGGAACUCGUCCGACCCCACCCGUGCGUCCUCGCAGACCGGCCGGCUCGUCCCGUCCCAGGUUCAGGAGAAGAAGUGAAGAUGCUCUGGAGAUUUUCUCUCGCCGUGGCCGUGCUGUGCGUCGGCGCCAUGUGCAACUGUGUGAAGGCUGAUCUGAUGAGCCGGCUGGUGAUGCCGAGGGACUACGGGGUGAAACUGUGCGGCAGAGAGUUCAUCAGGGCGGUCAUCUUCACCUGCGGAGGCUCCCGGUGGAGAAGAUCCACAGAGGGGGACUUAGACUCUUUUACGGUGGAGGACAACCAACCCACCUGGCUGAGUGGAGCGGAGCUCACCGACAACCGCUCUCCCCUUCCCCACAUCGUCCCCUCUUCCUCCCUGGCGGACCUCCUGGCUCUCUACGGGGCCGUGGGGGAGAGGCAGCUGCAGCCGCUGAGCGACCCAGGCCUGCUGCAGAGGUCCUGGCCGUCCUCCGCGGUUUUAGGCGAGCAGGACGGGAGUCCGUCGGCGGCCGUCUGGUCCAUACCGAGCAAGAGGAAGAGGAACUUUUCUCUGGGCGUGGCGGGGAUGUGCUGUAGCCAGGGCUGCACCAAGAAUGAUAUUGGACGCUUGUGCUGAGGAGAGGGUGUGGGUGAGGAAGGAGGAGUUGAUACAUGAAGGUGUUGUGAUGGACAGUGAUGAGACAGAUGGGGAAGAUGGAGGAGGUAAAACGAGGGAGGAGAGCAAGUGCACAUCGCUCCAGCUUCAUAUCUCUCCGUCAUAUUUCAUUUACUCUCCCUGCUUCAUAAUUUGUUAAAAAGAGAUCCUGUUCUGUGUACUUUCAGCAUCAUUUACAAUAAAAUUCAAACACUGUGUUAACAUGAAACGCUGAGCAGUAUCAUAUAUUGUUUACAACACCCUUUUGUUUAUGUGUUCGGAGCACUCAACAGCCUCGAUAGUGUCUGACUGUUCAUACUGACACGUGCAAAUAUCACACAUUAAUGUCAUUUCAGCUGCUGUGAACGUGUUGCUGCUCUCUGUUCACAACAUUACGCCUGCCUUAUCAUUUUUCUGUCAACAGCCUGAGGACACCAAAACAGAUUUUAGUUUUUUUUUUCCCUUUCAGUACAAGCCUUUAUUUGACCCCACUGAACAAAUCCUACAACACCAUUUGUGGCCUAAAUGUCUCUGGGAAAAAUACAAUACGCUUUAUAUGCAAAUAAAAAAAAUGCACAAUUAGAUUUAAAAAGUACAAAUUGAACGUCCAUAGCACUGCGGUAUCUUUUGUUUAAUAAAAGUAUAAACACUCUGGGGAAAUACUACACAUCCAUAUUGAUAUUUACAUCUAUCUACACACAUACAUAUGAUAAAAGCAGCUGCGUGUUGCAAUGAGAAGACAGAACCAGGCUUCACUUCGUUCACACAGCAACAAAGUCAAACU